GGACAGGCCCGAGGUGCGGGGACAAAGGCGGGGACAGGCCCGAGGUGCGGGGACAAAGGCGGGGACAGGCCCGAGGUGCGGGGACAAAGGCGGGGACAGGCCCGAGGUGCGGGGACAAAGGCGGGGACAGGCCCGAGGUGCGGGGACAAAGGCGGGGACAGGCCCCAGGUGUGGGGACAAAGGCGGGGACAGGCCUGAGGUGCGGGGACAAAGGCGGGGACAGGCCCCAGGUGUGGGGACAAAGGCGGGGACAGGCAACCCCUGCAGUUCGAGGGUGGUAGGAGGCCACAGGUCAGUCCCCGGGAGGCCAGGCAGGAGGUGGGCCCAGCGGGGCUGAGAAAUGAGAGGCCGGUGCCCCUACGCUCACUGCAGGGGAUGUGAGAGGGCGAGUGGUUGCUCAGUCACACCCACACCCGUGUGUACAGGACCCACGCCUGCCCGCCUUGCCUGCCCGCCUUGCUGUGGUGCCUGUUCAUGGCUCACACGUGGGCUCGCACAGCUUCUCCCAUUAUUCAGGUGCUGCCGGGCCCUGCAGGGUUCAGAUCGUCCCUGUGCUGCUUGGCGGGGUCACCCUCACACCUGCCCUGGCGGCCCCACCUGCCCAGCUUCUCUCCCCUCAGUGCUGUCUGUCCCGGAGCCUCCCAUCAAUGGGACCAGAGUGCUCCUUGCUGGCUGCUGCUGCCUGUGCUCCACAAGAUGCCUGAGAGCCACCCAGGCACCGGACUUGCCAACACGCAGACACACACCUGGGCCGCAUGGCCCUGAGCACACACCUUGCCCAACCCUCCUCCGGGCCGCAGUGCGGGCGCCAGCUGCCACCUGCUGGCGAACUGCAGCAUCACGGCUCUCGCCCUCCGGAACCUUCCACAGCACCACACCAGCCUCUGGUCUGGCUGCAGAUGGCUUGGGCUGGGCAGGGAAGCAUCCGCUGUCAGGGAGCCUGGGACCACAGACUUUGCUCCAAGCGCCCGGGGCGGGUAGGGGCCAGGUCCAGUCUGAGGAGUCCUGCCUCCCUGAGGUAGACAGAGCUGGGCAGACAUGGAGGAGACAUGGGGGCUGCAGCCCUGGCCCCACUGCCCGACUCUCCCUCUGCAUUUUGGGAGCCGGCAAGAUCCAAGGGGGUCCCCAAGGCCCUGAGGCUGCACCGAGCACCCCUUUCCUGCUAGUUUUCAGACGCAGCGAUGCCCUAGACACCCGGGGAGAGGUGACCCCCAGCAGGAAGCUGGGCCUGGUUUCUGUCCCUCCACAGCCACAAGGCCUGGCCAGGACGCCGGGAGCACCAGACCCUGGAGACUCAGCUCACCGAGGACUCGGGCGGGGGCUUCCCCCGGUGCCUGGGAAGCUGGGAUCCCCACCCCCUGGACUCCCACCCAGACCUCAUCUCAAGCCAGGUCUGUCUGCAUCUCCUCGUCACUGCCCUGGGUCCUCCACUCCUGGACCCGACCCUUGUCUGUGGCAGCGUCACAGCUGCUGUGUCCCAGGCCCCACAGCCGCUGCCCUUGGCCCACCUUCUAUGUGGCCCAUUAGAGGGGUGUGGGGGCUGCAACCUGCUUCUGCUGAACCCCCGGGCCUGCCAGGGGGCAUCAGGAUUCUGCACAGAGAGGCAGGGGUCCUGGCCAGACGUGCAGGUCCCCAGGUACCUAAUUCAGGGCCUUGGGCCGAGGACUGCGUAUUAUCCUGGCCCAGGCGAGUCUGGGGGUGUCUGAGGGGCGGUGACACUUCUGGGCAGAUUGUCCCUGCCCCACUCUGCUCUGCCCUACCCUGGCUGGCCCUCCUGGCUUCUCAAGGUGCUCCUGGCCAUGAUGGCACAGUCCCCCAGGCCCAAAAUGUGCCCCUAUGCUGCCUGAGUGCCGGUGCGGGGGCUGGUAGCACCCAAGGCCACGGCCUCCCCUCCCCGUCCUGGGGCACCUGCACCCACGUUGUGGCUACAGCUCCCUGGCUCCACCAGCUUCUCGUGACCCCUGAGGCUCCCCAGCCCCUGGACCACCAUGGAAAGUUCCCUCCCCGCCCCUGUGCCCACUCCUUGGGAGACUGGCGUUAGAUCUUGGCUGUGGGACAGGGUGGGCCAUUCUGGGGGUGAGACCAGGGCUCUCCCACCUGGGGGACCCAUCGUGGCUCUGGCCCUGGGCGGGUGACAGCCUGGCUUUCCUGUGUCCUCACCGCCCGCUCUUCAGCAAGAUAGGGAUGUGGAUGACAGGACUGCUGGCCACAGAGGAUCUGGUGUGGGCAGCCGUCAGGACGAGGGUAAUGUGGGCGGCCACGGCAGUUGGUGCUACUGCUGGAAGGGGCCGAAGGUGAGGCCCUUCUGGGCUGUGAGUCCCUGAAAGCCACUGCCCCCACGGGGCUGCAGUCACGGAGCUGACCCGCUGCCGGGUUUCCGCCCCCUCCCUGUCCCUGCUGCUCCCCCGGCAACUGUGUCCCAAGCCUGACGCCCUGUCGGAGGUGGCACCUCCCUGGGCACGGGCACUUGGGUGCUGGUGCCUCCCCUGCUGCAGACUCCUUUGCUGUGGUCAGGGCCUCCUCCCUGCCCUGGCCUCGCCUGUGACCACAGGCCUGGUCGGGCCCGUGAUGGCCGCAGAGGGCACAGGCUGGGGCCAGGAGGCCACCGUCUCCUGGGGCACAGAGAUGCUGGAGUGAGUCAUGGAAUCGUCCAUCAGCAGCAGCAAGCUUUGCUGAGCACCAGCUGUAUGCAGAGCACUGGCUGUAUGCAGAGCACCGGCUGUAUGCAGAGCAAAGGUGGGCCAGCUGGGAAGGGCCAGGGAGGACCUGGGGUCCCCAGUGUCCCCAGGAGCCUGCACCCCUACCUGGGGGAUGCCUGGGCAGCUCCUCCCUCCUUUACUUCCUGCCCUCUCCUUGCCUCCCCUCCUUCCUGCAGUUCCCACAGCUGUCUGGGGGCCUCCCCUGGUGCCUGGUUCAGCUGCAGGGAGAGAUAUGUGUGGACACUGCAACCCUCCCGAAGCUGGGCCUGGAAGAAGUGACUUCCCCAGAACCUUAUCUGGGCCACAGAAGGGGGUUGGAAGCGGGGGUCUUGCCGCCCUCCUGUCCUCUGCAUGCCAGGCGUGACCUGGGGCAGGGCCAGGGCAGGCUGCCUGGACACCAUGGACCUGCCCAGCUGUAGGGGAGAUGUGUCCUGCAGCCCCACCCAUGGCCCAGGCCUGUGUGGCUGAGUGGACUGAGGACAGCUGACCCCCUUGGUGACUGCCUGGGCCCAGAGGGGAGUGGUCAGCUGGGUGUGACCAGCCCUGGGGGAAGGAUCCAGGGACUGCAUCCACUUAGGGAUAGGAGGCAGCUAGCGGAGCCCUCCCAGCUGACCAGGGGAGGCCUUGUGGGCACAGGAGGGGCCCCAGGUGCAGGUGCAGGUGCAGGGCUGGGCGGCCCUGUGUCACCCAAGUGGUGUGUCUUGCCCUGUUUGAUGGCUGACAAAGUGCCCUUGAAUGUGUCAGAACCAGCAUGGCCCCAGGGUCCUAACCUAACGUAUCACCCCAAAUUACCCUCACCCCAGCCUAUCCCUGCCCUAAAUUCACCCCAAGCCCCCACCCAAACUCCUUGACCCCAACACUAACCCUAGACCCAGCCCUACACCCCAAGCCCUAAUCCCUAACCGCUAGCCUCACCCUAACCUUCCUACCGGAUGCCACCUGGUAAACAUCCUCCUGGCCACUAUCCACUCCUCCCCCGGGGCUCCAGGAGGCAGUGGGGUCCCUGGGAGGCUGCUCCCUGCAGAACAUGAUGGACAGACGCCUGAGCACCGGGCCCCAGCGCCCUCCGGCUUCAUUCAUCCUCCACAGGCACUUCCCCCUGGGCCAGAGGGCAGCCUGGCAGCCCUGGACUCCGGGAGGGCCGAGUCUGGGGAGCUGGAGGACGUCAUCUUCCACUCUUGAUGAUGCUGCCCCAGGUCUACAGUCUGGACAGCGGGACAAGCUGCCCAUUUCCUCCAUCUCCAGUAAUGAGAAGCAAAUGCUGAUCCUGGCCCGUCUCCUGGCUCCCGGGUUCCUGGGUUCCCGCUGCCCCUGCCAGUUCCCGGAAGAUGCCAGCAGGAGGGAGGGCGGUGGAGCUGGACUUGUGCCUACAACAGGAUCUGGCCAUAAAUGCGGUCAGGGCGAGGCUGCGGGGUGGGCCGCUGAACCUCCUUGUGGACUUUCUUCCCCGCCCUGGCCCGCAGCUGUCAGCCCUUCCUGGGAACUGCAGCCUUUGUUUGUUCCUUGAAGGAGCUGGUGCAUUGCCUGCGAGCUCCUCUGCAGGCCUGGGGGUCUGCCUGCUGUCCACCCCCCAAAACCAGCUCCAGCAGCAGGCUGCAAGCCUGGAGAGGCCUCCAGGGGCCAGGUAGGGAAACUGAGGCCCCAAAAAGGCAGGGAACAGGUGCAGGGGGCCUGUUUGACCUGCCUGGGACUGGGCUAGGCGAGUCGCCUCCAGGGCCCAGCCCCAUCUUGGACAGAGGAAGUUGAUAGUCAGGAAAGGCAGGAGUGGCCUCUUCUAACAAUUUCAGCUCUGCAGGGGCCGAGGGUGGCGAUGCUGACAGCAUUUCCUCCAGCUCCCACCUGCCUGCUCCAGGGAAUUCCCCACCCAGGCGUUGAUAUUCACCUGGUGAUACUAAUAAUUGUCUCAGGUGACAGAUUGUCUCAGCUGCUCUCCCACAUGGCCCACGGGUCCCUGGAGGUUCCCCGGAUUCUUUCAGGGGAGACCAUGGGCCCUAAACGAUCUUCAUAACAAAACUGUGAGAAGCGGCCUGGCUUCUUCACAGCGCUCCUGUGUGCUCAGAUCCAGCAUGGCCCGACGGGGCAGCCCCUUUCCUUCCCUGAUGCUGCUCCAGGGGAAGGAAGGGCCAGGGUCAAUCCAGGGUGCUCCAGGUGGACAGCAAACACCCCUGAAACCAGGUGCCAGAUGCAUCCCCCUGAGAUGGCCCCACCCCAGUCUCCUGAGCCUCAUUAGUCACCCCUCAUUUUCCUUUGGGGACCCCAGGCCCUGGCUCCUGUCUGGUUAGAGGCUGAAGGGGUCUGAGCCACACCUGCCCUAGGGGACCUCCGGAGGGGUCUUGGUAUCCUCUGACUUCUGUCUCCAGAAAGGAGCUCAGAAUGCAGCUGGAGCUUCCCCCGGAGUCCAGGGUGUCCGUGUCCGAGCCACAGCCAGAGCGUGCCCUGGAGAGCCGCUGGGAGACGGGUGAGCUCUCGUCAUCCUGUCCCCACUCCAGGCUCAGGCUGGAGCCGUGAUGGCACCACUGCACUCCAACCUGGGCAACAGAGUGAGGCCCUGUCUCUAUAAAAUAAAAACACAAAUAAAGUAGAGCAUGUGGUUUCUGCAGUUUCCUGGACAAAAAUGCGUAACCCCAAUCUCAAUCAUAAGAAAACAUCCAAUGUCCCCAACAAGGGGACAUUCUACACACACCUGCCCAGCGCCCCUCAAAAGUGUCAAGGGCGUGGAAGACGUGGAGGGACGCAGAAGAUGGGAGAGCCAGCGUGGCCUGUGGUGUGUUCACGACGGUCACAGGUCCUCGCCUGCCUCGCUGGCCCUCUACAGACAGGACAGGGACGGGUCGUCAGCUGUCACAGAGGCCCUCGCAGUUUUCUGAGUGUGGACUUGCUGUGCCUGCCCAUGACUCCGUCCAUGGACUCGACAGCACCCCACUGUCCAUCACACCCCCAUCAAUGCCGCUUCCCGCAGCAGGACUCAACCCAUGCUCAGGUUAAUAGAGCAUGGGACGGCCCCUGAAGACCAGCUAUGGCGCCGGCUGGGAGGUCCCACGAAAGGAUGGGCGCAACCCCACAGAACGGACCAGAUGCUUGCCAUCCAUGCCUGGUGCCGCUUCUCUGUGGCGAUGGUAUCCAGGAAUCACAGGUGGGAGUCACGGCCACCGUCCCUGUGGCACCAGCCGCCUGCUCACACAGCCACCGUUCACUCUAGCUUGGAGGUCCUGCUUCCUCAGGGAGGAGUGCUCCCGCCAGGGUCGAGGUGCUGGCCGCGUGGAGUUCGACAUCGGGACUGUCCCCAGGGGCCUCUCUUCCCGCUGAAUCGGCAGAGAGAAUGUGAGCUCGCUGUCCGGUGAGCGGGGCCAGGGAUCCUGUCCGCCGAGGGGACGCCAGAUCGCUGCGGAGAGAGGACCGGACCCAGAGUCCUGCAAAGACCAGAACUGAGACCAGGCGACCAGCAGAGCCCGCACAAUAAGAAUGCUUCAUUUUGCAAAUGUAUUUUCUUAUUUUGUUCUUUUAUUGUAUAUAUUUAUCAUGUCCAACCUGAUGUUUUGAAACGUGUUUACAUGGUGGUUAAAUCAAGUGGCAUAACA